GAGGAAGGCGACACCAACUACGCAGCGGGGACCGCGCGCGGCCUGCGCUGUCUGCGUGCGUGCGUGCGCUCGCGCGGGCUCAGGGCUGGCGCGUGAGGCGGAGGCGGGCGGCGGCGGCGGCGCCUGCGCGGUCGGGCUCGGUCGACGGUUCGCAGGGGAGGAGGCGGCGGGAGGCGGAGGAGGCGGCGGCGGCGAUGGAGGUGAAGCGGCUGAAAGUGACCGAGCUGCGGUCGGAGCUGCAGCGGCGGGGCCUGGACUCGCGCGGCCUCAAGGUGGAUCUGGCGCAGCGGCUGCAGGAGGCGCUGGACGCCGAGAUGCUCGAGGACGAGGCCGGCGGCGGCGGGGCCGGGCCCGGCGGGGCCUGCAAGGCGGAGCCUCGGCCUGUGGCCGCGUCGGGCGGCGGCCCGGGCGGGGACGAGGAGGAGGACGAGGAGGAGGAGGAGGAGGACGAGGAGGCGCUGCUUGAGGACGAGGACGAGGAGCCACCCCCUGCUCAGGCCGCGGGCCAGGCCGCGCAGCCGCCGCCAGAGCCUCCGGAGGCGGCAGCCAUGGAGGCCGAGGCCGGGGCCGGGGCUGAGCCCGAGCCCGCGGCCCAGCCCGAAGCCGAGGCCGAGGCCGAGCCCGAUGCUCCCGAAAAGCCCGCGGAGGCCACGGCCGGGUCAGGUGGGGUAAACGGUGGCGAAGAGCCGGGCGCCGGCAAAGGGGAGGAAGACGAGCCCGAGGAGCGGAGCGGAGACGAGACGCCGGGAUCCGAGGCGCCGGGUGACAAGGCCGCAGAAGAACAGGGAGAUGAACAAGAUAGUGAAAAGUCAAAACCAGCAGGCUCAGAUGGUGAGCGGCGGGGGGUAAAGAGACAGCGGGAUGAGAAGGAUGAACAUGGCCGAGCUUACUAUGAAUUCCGAGAGGAGGCUUACCACAGCCGCUCAAAGUCUCCGCCACCCCCUGAAGAAGAGGCAAAAGAUGAGGAGGAGGAUCAAACUGUUGUGAACCUGGACACGUAUACCUCGGAUCUCCAUUUCCAAGUAAGCAAAGACCGCUAUGGAGGGCAGCCACUUUUCUCAGAGAAGUUCCCCACCCUUUGGUCUGGGGCAAGGAGUACCUAUGGAGUAACAAAGGGAAAAGUCUGCUUUGAGGCCAAGGUGACCCAGAAUCUCCCAAUGAAAGAAGGCUGCACAGAGGUUUCUCUCCUCCGAGUUGGGUGGUCUGUUGAUUUUUCCCGUCCACAGCUUGGUGAAGAUGAAUUUUCUUACGGUUUUGAUGGACGAGGACUCAAGGCAGAGAAUGGACAGUUUGAGGAAUUUGGCCAGACUUUUGGGGAAAAUGAUGUCAUUGGCUGCUUUGCUAACUUUGAGACUGAGGAAAUAGAACUUUCCUUUUCCAAGAAUGGAGAAGACCUUGGUGUGGCAUUCCGGAUCAGCAAGGAGUCCCUGGCAGACCGGGCCCUUCUACCCCAUGUCCUCUGCAAAAAUUGUGUUGUAGAAUUAAACUUUGGUCAGAAGGAGGAGCCUUUCUUCCCACCACCAGCAGAGUUUGUGUUCAUCCACGCUGUGCCUGUUGAGGAGCGUGUACGCACUGCAGUCCCUCCCAAGACCAUAGAGGAGUGUGAGGUGAUUCUGAUGGUGGGACUUCCUGGCUCUGGAAAGACACAAUGGGCACUGAAAUACGCAAAAGAAAAUCCUGAGAAAAGAUACAAUGUCCUGGGAGCUGAGACUGUGCUCAAUCAGAUGAGGAUGAAGGGGCCCGAGGAGCCAGAAAUGGACCCCAAAAGCCGAGAUCUUUUAGUUCAGCAAGCUUCCCAGUGCCUUAGUAAGCUGGUCCAGAUUGCUUCCCGGACAAAGAGGAACUUCAUUCUUGAUCAGUGUAAUGUGUACAAUUCUGGCCAACGGCGGAAACUCUUGCUGUUCAAGACCUUCUCGCGAAAAGUGGUGGUGGUUGUCCCUAAUGAGGAAGAUUGGAAGAAGAGGCUGGAGUUGAGAAAGGAGGUGGAAGGAGAUGAUGUGCCUGAGUCUAUAAUGCUGGAGAUGAAAGCCAACUUCUCUCUGCCUGAAAAAUGCGACUAUAUGGAUGAGGUGACAUACGGGGAGCUGGAGAAGGAGGAAGCUCAGCCCAUUGUCACUAAGUACAAGGAGGAGGCGCGGAAGCUGCUGCCCCCCUCUGAGAAGCGGACAAACCGCCGAAACAACCGAAACAAGCGUAACCGGCAGAACCGAAGCCGAGGCCAAGGCUAUGUGGGCGGGCAGCGCCGAGGCUACGACAACCGGGCCUACGGGCAGCAGAACUGGGGGCAGUAUGGAAACAGAGGGGGUUACCGUAAUUUCUAUGAUCGAUACAGGGGAGACUAUGAUCGAUUCUACGGGCGAGAUUAUGAGUACAACAGAUACAGAGACUAUUACAGACAAUACAAUCGAGAUUGGCAGAAUUACUACUACCACCACCCCCAGGACAGAGACCGAUACUACAGGAACUACUACGGUUACCAAGGGUAUCGGUGAAGCCCCUGCCGUUGACGCCUGUCAGCCACGACGCUGAAUCUCUGGGGGUGCCAGGCACCCCCCAAAACACAACCAAGGAAAACAGGGGCUGUCGGGGUGGGGCUGAGCUGCCAGGGCGGGGUGGUGGGGGGGAGGGUGCGCAAGCAGGGGUGGGGGAGGGGGGUGGAAACAAACCACAAAACUGUACAUUUUUUUUAAAGUUUGUUGAAAAGAAUAUUGUCUUAUUCUAUAAAACAUUUCAAACCUAGGUAGAUAUUUGUAAUCAAAAAAACAUUUGCGCAGAAAGCAGCACUUAGGGCUGCCUGUUCUAUACCCUGCAGUUGGACAGGAAAAGAACUGAAAUGUCACCCUUCUGACAUACCAAGGCAGCUGAACUGGCAGCCAAGUAAGGGAGAGUGGGGCGGAUGGGGAAACGGUGUGAGGGUUCUCUCAGAGCAGGUAGGAGCAGGCAGGAGUGGGGACAGAGGGAGAGCUUGUGACCAGGGCAGUGAAAAUAAACUAUUGGCUCUUAUCAAUCACUUGCACCAACUAACCGUUUGUAUUUUCUUUACCGACCUUUCCCUCUUGGGAUAUCUGGUCUGGUGGGCUGGGAGGCCAGAGUGUCCCAAUCUCCACUUGGCUGUGACUUCAUGCUGUUUGGCCAAGGCAUGGAGACUGCCAGUGAGUGGUUCUAUUCUAUAGGGUUCCCAGGCCACGGCAGCAUGGGGACUGUUCUCGACUGCAGAACAGAAUAGCCUGCCCCUCUACGUGCCCUUCAAUGAAGUCCCAUAAAAUCUUGGGCAGAAUGAGAUCGCAGCCCUCAGCCUGAAGGUGGUGAUUUGCCAGUGUCUGGUCUCUGUCUUCCAAGGCUGAGAGAGGCAGGAGGUCUCUAAAACCAUCUGUUAAGCGUCUGGUCCUCUUACAGUGCGAGAGAAAAAGGUUUCUCAGGGUUUCCAGCUCACAGUAACGCGGCAGGAUUCUUCUCGCUGCAGCAGGAUAUGUAUAUAGGUGAAUCCUGUGGUGUGGGCUCCCAGGCCCAGGUGCUGAGAAUAGCAACUAUUUUAUACAGUGUGGAGGGUUCAUGCCCUGCUGGUUUUUUUGAUACACAGGUAGACAGUGAAUAGAAAAGGGGGGUGGGGCAGCAGCUCAGCAGGCUGCUGAGGCGUGGUUAGAGGGUGUGAAUGUGCACAUGCGUGAGUGGAAGGGAGCCACCUCUUCCCAGCUUGAAACAGGACUCGCGGGGUGUUUUCCCUAUGUGUCCCCAGAGAGGCCUCCAGCCAGGAGACUUCAGUUGGGGGAGUUUUGUUUGUAACUUUACCAACACCCUCCCAGUUCUUGACAGUUGCAGGUUGCUGGGUUCAAGAAUAUGGGUGGGAUAUGGGAAUGCUUUUUCAAAUAUUUAGCUUCAGUUUUAAUUCAUUUUCUUGCUCAGCAUUGUGUCAGCCAAGAGCUUACUCAGCAGACACCACAUACUGUGGCACUUCCCAGGGAGAAAACCCUGGGUUGUGCCACUAGAAGAUGCUUCACUUCCGUUGCCUCACCUGGGCAGCUCUCUGUUGAAGAAUCUGUGCUGAGAUUUGAUCUUCCUGUCCCACUGUUACUUCCAUGCAGCCCUUCUGUAGGUGUGCAGACCCUUGUUCUGGCCCUCUGGUUGUCGCUGUCUGUCAGGACACCCUUGCUCAAGUAUCUAACCCCAAGGCUGCAACAGGGGCCUGGUAGAUGAGUUUGCUUGCUCAUAAUGUCCUUUCCUUGGCACCUGCUCCUUUGGGGUGCCACCAAAUGGGUUUGUGUGUGGCAGUAGGUGAAGUGAUUGCAUGAACUUUUCUGUAACCCACUAACUUUGUUAUUAAGGGAGUUUGAGAAAACUUUGCUCGUAGCAUCUGGGCAAGGAGGUAAAAACUUGAUCCUAAAGAUUCCCUUAGGACAAGAUUAUGUUGUAGAAGUUUGAAUGUCCUGAGGCACAGGCUGCGGUGCCUUUUCAGAUACAAAGCCCCCAUCCCCACCCCCCACCUCAGUGAAUAGCAUCUUCUGGGAGUCUGACAUGGAUCUGACCAGGAGGUGCUAGGGCCCUCGGUCAGGGGUCAAACCUUAAAACUGCUUGGGGAUUUUGGGGAGGGGGCUUAGGGGAGGUAAUUGCUAUUGGUUUUGACACUAGAAAGACAUCUUUCUUAAUAAAAAGUCCUAGGUGGGUGAAGAGUGGAACUGCCACAUCCUUGGUUCAGUCUAAGAGCACUGGCAACAACAGUAGAUGUCUGGGUUUUGUUUCUGUCUGUCCUUUUUUAUUAUGAAAAAACAAUGUUAAGGGGGUAAAUGUGGAUUAUGGCAACAGGAGGGAUCCCUAGCCUUGUUUUCCGUAGAAGACUUGUUUAGUGUUUUAUCAGACGUCUGUUGUAGUUGUUAUAUAGAUGGAAAAGCUUGUGAGAAAAACACCACAUGGAGCCUGUAAAUGUUUUUGCACAACCUGUAAUGCAUUUUUGGAAGUGGCCAGUAAAAAAGGGUUUUACCAUUUUAAAAAAAAUGUAACUGUGUCAUUGUUUACAUGUGUAACUUUUUCCUCCCCUGUUCUCAUUACAACAUUCUGGCAAAAAUGUAGGCACCUUAGCUUCCAGUUUUAGAAUAAAUAACCAUUUGGAUCGAA